UUUUUAAUUAAUUAAAAUCACUUAAUUUUCUCAAUUGAGGCAAUGGAUGAUUAAAAAAAACUAGGGGGUUACUGAGGCUAAAGCCAUGGUUUAGCGUUGGCAAAUUAGGCCCUAUGCUCAGGUAAACCGGAGAGGGCGCCACCAGCUUUUAUCCGCCAAAACUGGAAGACGCCUUGGUGUUGAAAGGCACUCUUUAGCCCAAAACGCCAAGAAACAAAAACAAAAAUACAUACAAACAAUAGAUUUUCUGUGUGGGUAAAUAAUUGCUAAAAUUAACAUCAAUACAUUUUAUUACAUCUACUAACUGCUAACAACAAAAAUUUAAGCCGGCCGAACUAGGAGAUCUCCCUUAAUGCGAAAGCUUAUUGACUAACUAAUUUAAAAUGGGCGAGGACGGCUUCAAAACCGAUGACGUAAGAAUCCCUAUGGUGGAAAAAGUGUCUCUGUUCGGAAAGGGGUCCCCGUACCUGCAUCCAUCUUGGUUGCACGGCAGUCUAUCGUUUAUGUUAAAGUAUUUGUCAAGAUCAAUUGACGGAUCAAACUUCAACCUGUUGGGAUCAACUUGCUUCUUCGCUUCAUCAGCUGCCGCACUUUGGAGUGACAAACCGGAUUGUUGUUGGGAUGUAAACAAAUCCCCGAGGCGAAAAUUUCGAGAUUGAAUUGAUUUCUUGACGGUGGAAGAUCUAGCAUGGGAUGGAAGCAACCGAGUUAUUUAUGAAAAUAUGUGGAGAUGAAUACUAAAAUUAUUACUCAUGGUGAACCAGGGAAAUUACUAGGCAACACAUACCAGGG